GCCGCGCGCAGGCGCACUGGCGACUUUUUUUGGGGGGUAAAAUAACCGGUAAACGUUGGAGGGAGCUAGCCAAGCUAACGCUAGCCGACGUCUGACCCACAUUUUCAACGUUCACCGAAAGUUGUGUUCGCUGAGAGUCGGAGCACUUCGCUGUGGUUCGACGACAGGUUGAUAUCGUACCGACUCAUGGCUUCUACAGGUUCAUAUUCCAUCGUUUCGCAACCUCAUAGCUUGUGGACUGAAGAGGCGGUGCGACGACCCAAACCUACUGAAGUGACCAAGAGCCUUUAAAAAAAAAAUCCUACAUUGAUGGACAAAAAAGGACACUCCGAGUGCACAGUUGUUUUCAGUAGGCUUAAUCCAGCCAUGUCCGGGCCUUUCACGGACUACUGCAGCCCCCAUUACAAGACUGGGCUCAGUGUCCCCUUGCACCCUGAGCAUGUGGGUUGUGGGUCCCCGUCAGUGCAGGAAGGUAACGUGGGGACCAUUCUCCACAUUACUAAAUGUGAGGGGGUGAUUUUAGAUCAGGCACCUGCUUUUGACUGCGAUGUUGACGACAUCUUGUGCCUCACUCCGGAUGACGCUGAGGGAUUCUCUGAAAAUGGAGAGAGCUGCAAAAGGUGCGACACCUUUCAAAAUAUGCCGAUCCCAAGUUCCACGUGGACAAGAACGCCGGAAAGGGGCAAAGGUCAACAAGUGGUAGAAGGACGAGAGGGGAAACAAGUGGAGGAAGGACGAGAGGGGCUGAAGAAAGAAAUGCAUCUGAACGUAACAGAGGAAGAAGAAGAUGAGGGUUAUUUCUCGAUGUUCUCUAUAAAGGACCACAAAGAAGCAAAUAACUCCCCUCCAUCAGGAUACAUUCAGCGUUCUGCAGCUUCGUAUAACCCCUUGCACCGGAUAGGUGAGGUCAAAGGUGCCCAGGAUGGGUUGCAUCCUGAAAUAUCGUCUGAACAAGCUGCAGUGUCAGGACAGCAUGUGUCCUUCGCAGUUAAUGAUUUGUGUCCUGCUGUUAGUGGUCCACCACUGGAGUCUGUGGAGUCAGAUCCUUUAGAUGGUGAUGUUGAGGAGACGUGGAAUAUCGGUCCCCCAAUGUUUGAGUCAUCGAUGUGCCACAGUCUCAAAGCGAAGUUCGACACCGGCCGCGAGAGGCCAAAGGUGACAGAGGAUGUGCAGCGAGGCGUGGUGGAUUUUAUUGACCUUACUCAUGACACACUUGAUGGUGACGAAGUGACUUUAGACACCAGCUAUGACUCCACCUUACCUCUGCAAGUACAGGUGAAAUCGGUUGUGGUGGUUCCCAGCCAGCACACCACCACCAGCACCAGCAGCAGCAGCAGCACCACCAGUAGCAGUAAAACAGCAGAACCUCCUGUGCCAAAGGCUUCCCACAGUGACAACUAUGUCUGCAGUGGCAAAAGAAAAAGGCUGGAGAAUUUUCACAGGGAUGUGGACUGGGAGUGUAAAAAACAGUGUUAUGUGAGCUCCGUCUCCCGACACAUAAACGAGCAUCCAGGAGCAGAUCAAGAUGUCAUGACUGAGCUCCUCAACCUCAUGAAUCAUGUCGCGGAAGAGACACCAGGCACAAGUGAGUGGCAGCAUCCCUCCGACCUCACACGCAGGAACUACCAAAGACGCUUCAGAAAUAUGACGUCAACAAUGACACUUCAGGAAUGGCAGGAAAAAAACAAUAAAACACAUAAGCGCUUUGCCUAUGUCCCCAAAACAUUUCAGAGAAGUCCUUUACCCUGAGGACUCGUGGGACAGAUCACUUAUCAAACUCAACUGUUUUUACUCAGUUGGACGCUGCAAUACCAGGCAGACAAAGGGCCUCAUAUCAACGUUUGCACUUUUUUUUCUUCUGUAGUUUAAUAUGUGGUGAGUAUUUAAGUUUGGCAGUUAAAGUGUGUUAAAGUUUUGUUUUUGUUGUCUUUCAAAUUUGCAUGUACCUUUUUAUAUAACAAUCUAUGCAUGUUUUAAUGGAUUUUGACGUUAUGAUACAGAACAAGCACUUUAGAUUUGAAAAGAUGCCUGUUUUAAAGUGUAUUUCGGAAUGUUUGUACUUGUGCCAUUUAAAAUUUUGUAAUAUUUGUUUUGUCGAGUUCAAAAGUAUUCACCAUUAAUGUUCAUUAACGGAAGAAGUGUAAAUGUUCUUCUUGCCCCUUUGUUUCUGUGUGUUAUGUGUUAAAGAAUUAAAUAUCAGAAACUUGAAAAAACUA